CACCCUAUCGCUGUGCCCUCUGUCGGCGGCGUGGGGCAGCUGUAGCAGCGGUGGCGGCAGGAGGCGGCAGCUGCGCGGACGUCGUCCAAGACUGGAGCGACGUUUAAAGCAGUAGGAUCGCCGGGGAGUGCGGCUUCUUCUUGUUGGAGGCCUCCCACACUUCCGCGGCCGGAGGAGGAGAAGCGGCGGCGCCGGCGCCGGGAAGCAGGCAUGGAGAGUAGAAAACUGAUUUCUGCUACAGACAUCCAAUACUCCGGCAGUCUUCUCAACACCUUGAAUGAGCAACGUGGCCAUGGCCUCUUCUGUGAUGUUACUGUUAUUGUGGAAGACCGAAAAUUCCAUGCCCACAGGAAUAUUCUUUCAGCUUCCAGUACAUACUUCCAUCAGCUUUUCUCCGUUGCUGGGCAAGUUGUUGAACUGAGUUUUAUAAGAGCAGAGAUCUUUGCCGAAAUUCUUAAUUAUAUCUAUAGUUCUAAAAUUGUGCGUGUUAGAGCAGAUUUGCUUGAUGAGUUAAUUAAGUCAGGCCAGUUAUUAGGAGUAAAAUUUAUAGCGGAGCUUGGUGUCCCAUUGUCACAGGUUAAAAGCAUCUCAGGUACAGCUCAAGAUGGUAGUGCUGAAGCCAUACCUCCUGGUUCUAAUGAUAAGAACCUUGUAAUACAAAAAUCAAAAGAGGAGGCUCAAGAUAAUGGGGCUACCAUAAUGCCUAUUAUAACAGAGUCUUUUUCAUUAUCUGCUGAAGAUUAUGAAAUGAAAAAGAUAAUUGUUACUGAUUCUGAUGAUGAUGAUGAUGAUGUCAUUUUCUGCUCUGAGGUUUUGCCUGCAAAGGAGACCUUGUCAAAUAACAAUGCCGUGACACAGGUCCAGCCUAACCCAGGCCCUGUUGCUGUUUCAAAUGCUGUACCUUGCACUAACAAUAACUCUACCCCUUUAACAAAUGCAACACCUACUCAGAAAUUUCCUACUCCUGUGAAUCAGGCAACUUUGAGCCAAACACAGGGAAGUGAAAAAUCGCUGGUGUCUUCAGCUCCAACACAUCUGACUCCCAAUAUUAUUGUGUUAAAUCAGACACCACUUACUACACCACCAAAUGUCAGUUCUUCACUUCCAAAUCAUACGUCCUCUUCAGUCAAUUUACUUGUGCAGAAUCAGCAGACCCCAAACAGUGCCGCUUUAACAGGAAAGAAGGCCAGUGAAGAGGAGGAGGAGGAAAUAAUAGAUGAUGAUGAUGACACUAUUAGCUCCAGUCCAGACUCAGCAGUCAGUAAUACAUCUUUGGUCCCACAGGCUGAUACCUCCCAAAAUACCACUUUUGAUGGAUCAUUGGUACAGAAGAUGCAGGUUCCUACACUUCUGCAAGAACCACUUUCCAAUUCCUUAAAUAUUUCAGAUAUAAUUACUAGAUUCACUAAUGACCGAGGCUUAGGAUCAAAACAUCUAAUGGAGGGUCAGAAGAUCAUUACUUUAGACACAGCUACUGAAAUUGAAGGCUUAUCGAAUGGUUGCAAGAUUUAUGCAAAUAUUGGUGAAGAUACUUAUGACAUAGUGAUCCCUGUCAAAGAUGACCCAGAUGAAGGAGAGUCCAAACUUGAGAAUGAGACACCAAAAACAUCUGGCAAUGAAACAGCAAACAAACGUAUGAAAGUAAAACAUGAUGAUCACUAUGAGUUAAUAGUAGAUGGAAGGGUCUAUUAUAUCUGUAUUGUAUGUAAAAGGUCAUAUGUCUGUCUGACAAGUUUGCGGAGACAUUUUAACAUUCAUUCCUGGGAGAAGAAGUAUCCAUGCCGUUACUGUGAGAAGGUGUUUCCUCUUGCAGAAUAUCGCACGAAGCAUGAAAUUCAUCACACGGGAGAGCGAAGGUAUCAAUGUUUGGCGUGUGGCAAAUCUUUCAUCAACUAUCAGUUUAUGUCUUCACACAUAAAGUCAGUUCAUAGUCAAGAUCCUUCUGGGGACUCGAAGCUUUAUCGUUUGCAUCCAUGCAAGUCUUUACAGAUCAGACAAUAUUCCUACCUUUCUGAUAGGUCAAGUACUGUUCCUGUAAUGAAGGAUGAUGGUAUUGGGUAUAAAGUUGAUGCUGGAAAAGAACCUCCUGUGGAAACCACAUCUAAUACUCAGAACAAGCCAAUGACCUGGGAAGAUAUUUUCAUUCAGCAGGAAAAUGAUUCAAUUUUUAAACAGAAUGUAACAGAUGGCAGUACUGAGUUUGAAUUUAUAAUACCAGAAUCUUACUGAACUACUUUGAAAUAUCAGGAAGUUUUGAUUUGGAUACAGGGGCAGGGAUUUCCAAAGACCUAUGAAACAAAUUAUGGCUAAAGCAAGUUAAUUUGAUCUGCCAUUUCAUCUGAAGGUAGUCUAGUUUGAUUAUUUGUUGAUAAUUUUAGAAGCAAAUUUUUCUGAAAGUUUGAGUAGAAAUUGAGAAGUCCCCUUCCUGCAGUAUCUGUUUAUAUAUUUAGCAUUCAGCUCAUUUAAAAGAGAGAAAAAUUUUAAAGUGUGGAGAGAUAGUUUCCUGAGUAGAAUUUGAAGUGGUCUGAAUGUUCUUUAAAAAUAACUGGAGUUACUAGCAUACCUAGUACAUCUUACAACUUUCCCCUUCCAUGUUAGCACUUUACU